AUACAGUAUAACUAAGUUCAGAGAAUGGACAGCCGUAUCAAUUAUUCAACAGUGAAAGUCUUACAGACAUAGCAGCUUUAACAUAUUUUGUUAGGGUGGUUUGUGCAUGUUUUGUGUUUGUAAACAAUUGCAUCAUUUUAAACAUACUAGGCCUUUGAUAACAAUAUCUUUAAAUGUAUCUCUUCCUUAAGAACACAAUUGGUAACACCAUAUGGUUAAAAGUGGCAUUAUAGUUCUAUAUUUGCAACUUACUCUGCUUGAUAAUCCAAGGAAAUGUUUUCAAGGCUUUAUUGUUCAAAGUUUUGACAGCAUUUAAAAAAGAACAAGUAUGCUACCGUUUUAAGUAUAGUAUUUUUGUUCAUUUAAAUAACAAAAUUGACCAACAGCUUCAAUUAAUUCGCCAUAUAUGAAACACAUUUCAAAUAUCUUUAUAUAAACAAUUCAUAGCAUACAUACAUUUGUUUAUGAUAUUUCUGGUCUGCUCCAGUGGUUUUACUGACAUACGAAGAAUCUUAAUGCUGAUAGAUUUUCUCUGAAUUUUAACCACAAAAUGUUUUUAACAAGCCACGUUAAUGUAAAAGUAAAUAGAUUCAAGGUUAAUUGUAAUAUUUAUCAGUUUUGCACAGAUUGAAUGGUUCAGUAAUGUCGGAUAUUUUAAAGAUACGUUACUGAAUUAGUAACAUUUUUAAGGUAUUUUAUUAAUAGAUUUUGUGUGAAAGAGGAAAUUUCAUCCAGGGACAUUCUCAUUGCCUCACAUUAAGCUUAACGUCAUAAUGUCAAUAUCCGGAAUCUUUCUAUGUCUGCUUUCUGUACAUGUUAACGUGCAGGUAAAAGGGUGGUGCAUGACUGGAUGCCUAACUUGCAAUCAACUCAUCCCUCAUUGUGUAUAUUGCAAGAGAGGGUUUUACACGGUUAGAGAUGGGGCGUACAGUCAUUGCAGAGAAUGUCCCAAAGGGUGCGCAUCAUGUUCUGAUCCUAGACAUUAUCCAACAAAUUACUGUGCAGAAUGCAAAGACGGUUACUAUGGUAACACUUGUAGUCUUUCUUGUUCCAUAGGAUUUUAUAUGAGUAAAUGCAGCCGAAUAAAUGGUACUUGUUACCAAAACAAAUGCAAACUAAAUUUUAAUGGAAAUAAAUGUGACCAAUAUUCUGGAGGACGAUUUGGAAAAGACUGCAGGUCUGUGUGCCCGAAAAAAUGUGUCUCGUGCUCUUCGGAAACGGUAUGUGACGAACGUAGUGGUGGAUUCUGGGGCAACAUAUGCCAAAAUAAUUGUCCGCGUGGAUGUUCAGAAGACAUUUGCUUGACGAAGUCUGGGGAAUGCCUUGCUAAUAAAUCAAAACCGGUUUUGUUGGAGAAAAGUGCGACAGAUACACUUCCGGGAGACACGGCUUAAACUGUCAUAUGAAAACGACAAUUAUUGGUAUUUACAAAAUUAUUUAUUUCAAUGGCAUAAAUUCAUCCCAUUAACUGAUAGAACGACAAUAUAUUUAACUGUAAACAGCAACAUAGAGUUCUGCUUCUAUUAUUUGUAGUGUUAAGUUAUGUUUUUUUCCCUUUAAACAUUU